CAUGUGAGACCACAGAGAGCCACAAGAAGCAGAUUUACGCACAGCAGCACGAGUUAUUCUGGGUGAUAAUCUGUCUAAAAGAGGAAAUGUUAUUCCUGACGACUGUCGCUCCCUGGCUGCUGUUGGCCUUCCUCGGGCAGCAGGUCUCUCUCUCCUCCGGUGCGCGCAAUAAGCACCGAGGAGCAGACAAGACGGUGACCGCAGCCCCGGACAAAGCGCCCAGGAGCGGGGACAAGUCUGCCGCAAACGGCCGGGGAAAGUUCUCCAUCAACAACAACAUGCAGUGCACGUGGGGGGCCAAAGCAGUCGGGGACGCGGUCAAGCUGUCGGUGAAAUGCGAGGACCGGGAGGCGCGCAUCAAAGGCGGAGUCACGGAUAUAAAGUGUGAAUACAACGGUAAACCUCAGAGCUGCGCGGGAUACAAGUCCAACAACAAGAGCUUCUGGAAACAGGUGGCGCGUGCGUUCAAAAAGCUGCAGGGCAAAGUGUGCAGCGACGAGAGCAAGCUGGUGAGGGCUGGCAUUUGUAAGCGCGCGCCCAGGGAUGCGCACUUCAAACUGGACAUAAUGAGCUCUGUCAACCUCACUCAGUCUGGAGAGCCGGAAACUCACUUGCCACCACCGCCGCAGGCUCGCGCCACCGCUGCAGCUCCGGUCAAACCGACCGCAUGCACAGCGCGCGUGAACCAUCUGAAAACAGCUGAAGAGAACUGCAGCGGCUCGUGGGCCAGCGUGUGCAACUUCUUCCUGACCAUGCUGCAGAGCAAGGACUGUUAGAUCCGGGUCUCACAGGAGGACAAGAUCAGACUGAAGCAGGAGUUACUUUAGGACUCAUUGUGCUUUUAAACAGCAGCAACAAGUCUUUCUUUUUUUUAAUCAAUAAUCAGAUUUUCUCUCCAAUAUGCCAUGUUUACAUGACGCAUGUGGAUAUUAUCAGGUGUUUAUAAAGUCAUUUAUAAUCGAUGAAGAAAGUGCUUUUUCUAAAGUACUGUCUUAAGUCCAAUGCUUACUCAGUAUGUUCAUGUUAUGCUACUUUAUACUGGACUUCAGAUUCAAAAUGUUCUGGCAAUUUUAGCCUCUUUGAAAAUGUUCCUUCAAAACGUCAUGAGAUUAUAACGUGAUUGUGUUUAGCUCCACCUUGAGCCAUUGCAUUAGUAAAAAAAAUAAUCAAAACAUUUGAUAAAGAUGUAAAUACUUUUUAUACUUGAGAUACAAUUUUCUGAUGAAUUUUUCAAUUGUCUUUUUUAAUAUUUUGUUUUGGCUUUUCAACUUUUCGAUGAACCCCUUGCACUCCAAAGAUUUGUGACCACUAAACAAACAAAAGUGGAAACAGGCCACAAGUUAAUGUUGCUCUGAAAUGAUUUUUCACCUUGGCUCUUGAGAACAUUUGUUUUACUUGAGUAUUUGUAUGUGUUAUUGCUUUUAUACAAUCUGUUUAUCACACAGAACCAAAGUUUGAUUAUUAGAGCGGUACUUGUAUUUCUACCUCUGGUAACCUUUAUCAAUCAACCAUGUAAACACCACUGUAUUUGUGCACCAAAAUAAAUAUUUUCUAUUUA